AUGCUGUUGGGCUGCCCUUGUGCAUCGGCGAUGAGCGGAGCACUGAGAGGCAAAUGCUUCUCACAAAAUGUCUCGCCAAUGGCAAUAAUUCGUGCUCCUUGCAAAGUACGUUUCGAUUGGGGUAAGAGCAGGCACCGCUAUGGGCAUUUGGCGGCUCAGGUAUUGCCCCAGAAAGAACAGACGAAGCGCGAAAGCGACAGCAACAAGACAACACGCACGGAGCGUAUUCUCAGAGUGGCCCGAGCUGUCGGCAACAAUUCUCACUGGAUGGGCAGACGCUGGAUCACCAGGGUUAUUUUGUUAGAUGAUGUGUCUGACGCCUUGAUAACUGCGGCGUAUGUUAGUUUCCAACGUCGACGAAGUAUCUGCAUUGCGGGCUUUUUGCUUCUUUUUUUUUUUUUUUUUUUUUUUUUAAUUCACUUUCUCCGUAAUCCAUCUGAAUCCGUAUUCAUCGCUUCAGAAGUGGGGACCGGAAACCGGGGCAGGCCGCAGGCCGUUGGGAUGGGAUUUUGGCCUGGAACUCUUGCCCUCGCGAGUCGCCGCAGCACCGCACCUCCCGCAUCCACCGCACCCGUGUUUUGGGAAAGGACGGAGACGACGGGGGAGGAGCAAGUGGGAUGGAGUAUGGAGUACGUAUCUAUGUACAUACUUAGACGCGGAGACGACGACGCGACGGGAUGGGGGAUGAUUCAGCAGGAAGGACUAAAGGAAAUGGAGUGGCCCGGUACCAUUUUUUUACCGAAAAGGAGGGAAGGCAACACGACUGACCAACCAGCAGGCGGUAUCGUGGGAAGGAUCCAAGAGGACCCAAGGCUGUCAUCGUAA